CUUUUCGUGAGCGCGCGCGGAAACUGCAGCGGCAUGAUGAAAGGAAGUAUGGAGAGAUUUGGGGAUUUAUUUUAACUACAGACAAAAGACAAGAAAAGCUUUAAAUAAUAAUAAUAAUAAAUGUAGAGAAUAAUCUGUAGCUGCGACUUUCACACAGAGUUUUAUUUCUGAGUCAGAAAUGAGAGAUUGUUUACAGAGUGUGUUUGUUUAGUCAUUUAUAUCAGAUUAAUAUCGGAUUACACACACACACACACACACACGCACACACACACACACGCACACGCACUUGACCUCACUUUAACUGAAGUGCCGAUUUAAAGGAAGCUGAGCUCCGAAGCUGCACGUGCUGAUGGCGCAGAGGUAUGAAGACUUAGCGCAUUACAGCAGCAUGAUGGAGGGCGUGGGUGUGGGCGUGGGUGUGGGCGUGUACGGAGACCCACACACACAUCACCACCUGAACCAUGCUCCUCCUCCUCCUCCUCCUCCUCCUCCUCACACCAAUCAGCCAUACGUCACAUCACAUGGGCUCAUGGCGGGCAUCAUGGGCGCUAAUGACGGACUCAAAAGAGACAAGGAUCAGAUUUACGGUCAUCCUCUGUUCCCGUUACUGGCUUUGGUGUUUGAGAAGUGUGAGUUAGCAACGUGUACGCCGCGGGAGCCGGGCGGGGCCGGGGGAGACGUCUGCUCAUCAGACUCCUUUAACGAAGACAUCACUGUGUUUGCCAAACAGAUCCGAGCAGAGAAUCCGAUAUUCUCAUCCAAUCCUGAAUUGGACAAUCUGAUGAUUCAAGCAAUACAAGUAUUAAGAUUUCAUCUGCUCGAGUUGGAGAAGGUCCAUGAGCUGUGUGAUAAUUUUUGUCAUCGCUACAUUAGCUGUCUGAAAGGAAAAAUGCCAAUUGACCUGGUUAUUGAUGAUCGGGAUGGAUGCAAGGCUGAUUUUGAUGACCUAACGUCUACACAUCUAUCAGAUCACAACACAGCGUCAUGGAGAGAUUUAGAUGAUAAUCGCUCCACUCCGUCCAUCGGUACUCCUGGACCGUCCAGCGGAGGACACGUCUCUCACAGCGGAGACAACAGCAGUGACCUGGGGGAUGGUCUGGAGAGCAGUCUGGCUUCUCCAGGAACAGGUGAUGAGGAUGACUCUGAUAAGAAGCGACAGAAGAAACGAGGGAUUUUUCCUAAAGUAGCAACUAACAUCAUGAGGGCGUGGCUAUUCCAGCACCUCACACAUCCUUAUCCAUCAGAAGAGCAGAAGAAGCAGCUCGCUCAGGACACAGGACUCACCAUCUUACAAGUGAAUAACUGGUUCAUCAAUGCACGCAGGCGGAUAGUACAGCCCAUGAUCGACCAGUCCAACCGAGCAGUGAGUCAGGGAACUCCCUUCAGUCCAGACGCUCAGACGAUGGGGGGCUUCAUGCUGGACGGACAGCAGCACAUGAGCCUUCGACCUCCUGGUGCGAUGGGAGGAAUGGGCAUGAACAUGGCAAUGGACGGACAGUGGCACUACAUGUAACAGAUUUUUGGGGAUCUCUCUCACACACAUACAUACAGACACACACACAAACAUAUAGACACACACACACACACAGACACACACACAGACACACUCACACACACACAGACACACUCACACACACACAAACAUAUAGACACACACACACACAUACAUAUAGACACACACACACACAUACAUAUAGACACACACACACACACACAUACAUACAGACACACACACAAACAUAUAGACACACACACACACACAGACACACACACACACACAAACAUAUAGACACACACACACACAUACAUAUAGACACACACACAGACACACACAGACACACUCACACACAAACAUAUAGACACACACACACACACACACAUACAUACAGACACACACACAAACAUAUAGACACACACACACACACAGACACACAUACAGACACACUCACACACACAAACAUAUAGACACACACACACAUACAUAUAGACACACACACACAGACACACUCACACACAAACAUAUAGACACACACACACACACAAACAUAUAGACACACACAGACACACUCACACACACACAAACAUAUAGACAUACACACACACAUACAUAUAGACACACACACACACACACACACAGACACACACAGACACACUCACACACACACAAACAUAUAGACACACACACACACACACACUCACACACAGACACUCACACACACACAAACAUAUAGACAUACACACACACACAUACAUAUAGACACACACACACACACAGACACACUCACACACACACAAACAUAUAGACACACACACACAUACAUAUAGACACACACACACACACACACACACUCACACACACACAAACAUAUAGACACACACACACACAUACAUAUAGACACACACAGACACACACACACACAUACAUAUACAUAUAGACACACACACACACACACACACACACAUACAUAUAGACACACACACACACACACAUAUAUAUAGACACACACACACACAUACAUAUAGACACACACAGACACACACACACACACACAUACAUAUAGACACACACACACAUACAUAUACAUAUAGACACACACACACAUACAUAUAGACACACACACACACACUCACACACACACAAACAUAUAGACACACACACACACAUACAUAUAGACACACACAGACACACACACACACAUACAUAUACAUAUAGACACACACACACACACACAUACAUAUAGACACACACACACACACACAUAUAUAUAGACACACACACACACAUACAUAUAGACACACACAGACACACACACACACACACAUACAUAUAGACACACACACACAUACAUAUACAUAUAGACACACACACACACACAUAUAUAGACACACACACACAAAUACAUAUAGAUACACACACACACACACA